GUCAGGCAUCACAGGCGGGGCAGUGUGCGUACUGACUUUUAAGGGUGCAGACGUUGCAGCGGGUAAGACUUGCCGCUUCCUUUACAGAGAGAGAAGAGAAACGCGCAAGAUUGACGUAUGGAGUGGACGUUCCUUCUGUGGUGACACUCGGGGUCCAUGCUGACCAUUGCACUCCUAGCUCCUCUGGCUUCAGAAAUGGAUAUCUUAAGCUGUGACACUCUGGGAUUUAAGUCUUAAGCAAGAAUGGCGAACAAUCUUUUUACAGAGAUGCAAGACAAGGAUGGGAGACAACGAAGUACAAGCAGCAGCACACCAGCUGGUCCUCUUGCAAAUGUAGAGAGCGAGAUAAAGUUAAUGAAAGAAGAGAUGGACGGGGAGGAUAAAGGCGAAACGCCCAGCCUGACUUGCCUCGAGGACAUCAUGGACACGGUUGGCUCGCGAGGCCGCUGGAAUGUACUCCUCUUCCUGGUCUGCUCCUUCGCCUCGCUGCUCAACGCUUUCAUCACCAUGUCCUACCAGUUCUUUGGCGUCACCCCAGAUCACUGGUGCCGGGUGGACUCUCUCAAGGAGGCCAACUGGACCGACCAACAAAUCCUGAACCUUGCCAUUCCCUUUGACAACAAGACGGGGCUGCACGCCAAGUGUCACAUGUAUGACUACAACUACACAAAGGCAGCGCUGCUGGGCUACGACGCCUCCCUGACCCAGCAUUAUGACCUCGCCGACCAGGACACUCCACGGGUCGUCUCCUGCAGCGCGCGAGACUUCAACCUGACCCAGCAUGAGUCUUCCGUGGUGACUGAGUGGGACCUGGUGUGCGAUCGGCGAGUGCUGUACUCCACCACACAAGCUGCCAAUCAGAUCGGCUACAUCAUCUCCUCGGUCUUAACGCCCCUCUUCACUGACAGGUUUGGCCGCCGCCCCGUGGCCCUGUGUGUGUCUGCCCUAGCUCUGCUGCAGGGCCUGGUCAGCUGCUCCUCCCCCUCCAUUGAACUCUUCAUCAUCCUCAAGUGCACCCUCUCGGCUGCCACAUUUUCACUCGUUACCUGCAGCUUUCUUAUUUUGAUGGAGGUCUGCACCCCGUCAACACGUUCCACCUUCGGAAGCUUGUUUGGUUUGGCCUGGGCCGCGGGCUGCAUGAUGCUGCCUGGGAUAGCCUACCUCGUGAGGCCUUGGCGCUCCCUGCAGGCUGCUCUCUCUCUGCCCAACUUCAUUUUCCUGCUGUCGUGGAGGUUUCUGCCGGAGUCCCCUCGCUGGCUGCUGCUGCAGGAUCGUUACGAAGACACUGAGAAGUUGGUGGCAAGGAUCGCCGCUACUAACCGCACAAAGGUUCCUUCCAGGGACGUCCUGCGAGCCGCCCUCACACGCUUCAGCCAUCAGAUGCGGUCUAAGCAAGAUCAGCGUGACCUUGACAAUGUUAAGGAAGAAAGUGAACACAAACUUAGAAAUAAGAUGUCGGCGUCGCUGCGUUACGUGCUGUCCCCGUACAGCACUCCAAAGCUCGCCAGUAGGAUGUGUCUGCUCCUGAUGGCGUGGAUCUUCACAGCUUGUACAUACUACGGCAUCUCCCUCAAUGCCAACAACAUCAGGUGCCUGCCUACAUACUGCUACUGGUGCUCAUGGUGUGGGCAGGCCGCCGUCCAUCGCUCUGUGGUCUGUUCCUCAUCUGUGGCUUGUGUAUCGCUGUCAACGCCGCCCUCAUGUUCGCCUUCACUAGUGGUAAGGAGAGGCGAAGAGAGGAGAAAGGAAGAGAGAGUGGCUGAUGAUGGAUGGACAAUUCCCAUGUCAGCCAAGAUCAUCCUAUUGCUGCUGGGGAAGAUGGCUGUGGCCGCAGCCUUUCAACUUGUGUACCUCUUUACCGCCGAGCUCUUCACCACCCAGCAACGUUCACUCGCCAUCUGCCAUUGUUGUUUCGCUGGGAGGCUUGGCAGCAUUGCUUCCCCGUACAUCAACGAUAUACUGGGAGAGACAGCGGUAUGGGCUCCGUCAGCAGUGUUCUCCCUGAUGGCACUUCUCUCCGCCUUUGUCUCCUUUCCUCUCCCGGAGACUUUGAACAAGAACCUUCCUGAGACAGACCGUGACCUCGCCCAGUCCGAGGAGGAGGAAGACGACUCAAGGAACCCCCUUUCAAGUGACCCUUCUGUGUAAAAUGAACUGUGAAUCACCUGCAGACGUUGUUCAGAAGCGGCAAUACCGAUUCCAGCAGAGAGGAAAGCUUAACUAAACAGGCUCAUCAGGUUGAUCGGGUCUGCUUGUACCUUCACCUGUCACCCGGCCGAUAAAUGCCCACAGUAACAUUGGGACUAACAGAGUGUGGGAGAGGAAGACCGUUUUAGGACCACGAGAAUACUUUUAUGAUUACAGAGUCUCGAUGUUGCAGUUUGGUAUUGUAGUUGACUUUAUUUUCUCCACUCAAGGCUUUAUAACGACACCUAUUGGAAAGGGUGACGCACGCACGCACGAGCGCACGCACGCACACACACACACACACACACACACACACAGAGAGAGAGAGAGAGAGAGAGAGAGAGAGAGAGAGAGAAGAGAGGGGGUAGGGGUUAGAUGGAAGUGAUAGGGAAGGGGUAUGAGGUGUGGACACAAGAAGGAAGUGGGGAUGGGAUCAUGGUGAGGCGGACGACAUGAAGUGUGCUUGAGAAAGGGAAGUGUGAUUUCUGGCCAGUGAUAUUUACCUAUGAGAAUCCUUGAGUUGACAUGUCACUCUCGGUAAAAGUAAGGGUAGGAAGGCUGUCUCAUCAUACACCGGCACUAAAUGCAAAGAACAUUGAAAAAUAGAAUAUAUAAAAAUAAAUUAAAUGUUUUAUAUCUU